AUGGCUGAAAACAUUGAAGAAUCAUUGUGCGAUUUCCUGAAGACUAGUCAAUUUUCAAUUCAGUUGGAUGAGUCCACUUUACCAACUAAUGAAGCAUUGUUGCUGUCUUACGUGAGGUUUAUUAAAGAUGAAAAAAUAUAUCAAGAACUAAUUUUUGCUAGAAAUUUAGUGACAGACACAAAAGGAGAAACCAUAUUUAAAACAUUGGAAAAGUUUUGUGAUGAAAAAGGAAUUCCCUUGAAGAAUAUUAUAUCAGCUACUACAGAUGGUGCUCCAGAUGUGACGGGGUGUCAAAAAGGCUUCAUAGCGUACUUAAAAAACAAAAUUCCAGAUGUGCUUGCUGUAAUUGCGUUAUACGUCGACAACAUUUGGUUGCUAGAAAUUUAA